UAGACCGGAGGCCGUAAGUGGAAUUCCUCCAGCAGGGAGGACUUGAACUUUGGGGUCCAGCGGAGGAGAAAGUAGGCAGAACGUGGGCCGAAUUCCAGAGGGUUGAUCCAGACACGGCCGCUGGCCGGCGGGUGGGUCUUGAGCUCCGAGCUAGCCUGCCCGCUUCCCCUUGCCCAUCCGCCGCGGACAACUCAGAGGCGGGCAGCUGCCGGGAAGUCUUGAGUUUGGAGACAAGAUCGCGCUUCCCUCCGGCCUUUUCCUUCUCGGCUCUCGGGCUCCGGCAGUCUCCGGCGCUAGAAGCUGGGUGGAGCCCUCGCGUGCAGAACUUCGGGGGAAAUGCGCGGCGGUGGCGGCGUCCAGCUGAAGAGCAAGGCGCGCUUGAGGGCGGGCGAGCGAGCCGGCUUCUGGAGCUUCCCCUAGGCAGCUGGACGCGCGGCCUCAGAAAGGCUGCGGGACUCGGGACAAAAGCCCCACGGAGUUUGAAAGAACUUUUGGCGGGGCAGCGAGGGCUGCCCAGCCCGGCAAGUGAGGGGCUAUGCAGCUCGUGGGAGCCCUUUUCGCCGGCCUGGGAAUGUGGUGGUGGCUCAGCUGGGACCUCGUCGCCGUCUGCAAGGCUGCCAAGGGCCGCGUGCCUCGCCUCCGCCUCUCCUAUAAAGAUCUCCUGGCCACUAACCGCUCAGUCCUGUUUCUUGGUCACCGGGGAAGUUUAGACUUUCGCUCGCUGUACCUAGAUGAAUACCGUGAUCGCCUAUUCAUUGGAGGAAAGGACACUCUUUACUCGCUUCGGCUAGACCAAACUAACAUGGAUGUUAAGGAGAUUUACUGGCCACCUCUUCCUGGGCAGAAAGAGGAAUGCUUCCGGAAAGGAAAGGACUUAGCGACGGAAUGUGCAAACUAUAUCCGAGUUCUUUAUCCUUUAAACCGGACUCAUCUCUUAGCUUGCGGGACUGGAGCUUUUCAUCCCGUCUGUGCUAUCAUCUAUGUGGGACACAGGGGAGAGCACAUGUUCAGCAUGGAUCCAGCCAGUAUAGAAAGUGGCAGGGGAAGAUGUCCACAUGAGCCUAAUCGGGCGUUUGCAAGUACAUUUUUUGGUGGAGACUUGUAUACGGGGCUAACAGCCGAUUUCUUGGGCAGGGACUCUGUGAUCUUCAGGACCAUGGGACAUCGCUCUUCUCUACGUACAGAGAUGGACCAGAGAUUGCUUAAUGCUCCCAAAUUUGUUGCUGCUUAUAUGAUCCCAGAGAAUGAUGAUCGGGACAAUGACAAAGUCUACUUCUUCUUCACGGAGAAGGCAGCAGAGUCAGACAGCAAAGGGCAUGCCAUUUUCAGCCGGGUGGGCAGAAUCUGUGUGAAUGAUGCUGGUGGACAACGAGUGCUGGUCAACAAAUGGAGCACUUUCAACAAAGCCCGUCUUGUGUGUGCCGUUCCAGGACCAGAUGGCAUUGACACACACUUUGAUGAACUGGAGGACGUCUUUCUUCUGAGGGCUAAAGAUGGCAAGAAUCCUGAAGUCUAUGCACUAUUUAGCACCAUCAGCAAUGUCUUCCAAGGCUUCGCCAUCUGUGUCUAUCGUAUGGCAGACAUCUGGGAGGUUUUUAAUGGACCAUUUGCUCAUAAAGAUGGUCCUGAUCAUCAGUGGGCAGCUUAUGAAGGCAAGGUGCCUUACCCAAGGCCAGGAGUUUGUCCCAGCAAAACCACCAACCAGCCAAGUCGUCAGUACUCCUCCACCAAAGACUACCCAGAUGAGGUACUGCAAUUUGCACGUGCUCAUCCUCUGAUGAGCAAAUCUGUGUAUCCACUACAACGGCGACCUGUGCUGGUGAAAACAAAUCUGCAGUAUCGCCUACGGCAGUUAGUGGUAGACCGUGUGGAAGCUGAGGAUGGGCAUUAUGAUGUCAUGUUCAUUGGCACAGAGGCUGGCUCUAUAUUGAAGGUCAUUGCCCUACAAAGAGGAAAUUUUGCUGCUGUUGAAGAAGUUGUUUUGGAAGAGCUUCAAGUGUUUAAGGUACCAGUCCCCAUCACUGAGAUGGAAAUUUCUGUGAAACGGCAAAUGCUUUACGUGGGCUCACGGGUCGGUGUUGCCCAAGUGAAACUGCAUCAGUGUGAGACUUACGGGACCGCCUGUGCAGAAUGUUGCCUGGCACGGGACCCGUAUUGUGCCUGGGAUGGUCUCACUUGCACCAGAUACCAGGAAUCGGGCAAACGUCGCUUUCGCAGGCAAGACAUCCAGAAUGGGAACCCCAUGCACCAGUGCUUGGAUCAAAACCUAACAGUGGAUGACUUUGACAGUAUUGAGGAGAAGGUGGUGUAUGGAACUGAGCACAACAGUACCUUCUUGGAGUGUAUCCCCAAGUCACCCCAAGCUGCAGUGCAAUGGUUUGUACGCAGAUCUCCAGAGGAGCUAAGAGAUGAGGUGAAAACAGAUGAACGGAUCAUGAAGACAGAAUACGGAUUGUUGUUUCGGAAACUCUUUCGUCAGGAUACUGGAACUUAUUACUGCAGGUCUCAGGAGCAGGGCUUUACUCAGACUGUCACCAAAAUCAUUUUGGAAGUGGUUGAGAAUGAGCAGCUGGAACAAAUUUUCCAGAAGGAGCAGGAGGAGGAGCAGCCUCGGCCUCCGUGCCGAAUCCCCAAUCUCCGCCUGCUGCAUGGACAACGACUGUGGUUCAAAGACAUCAUGCAUCUGAUCGGCUAUGCCAAUCUGCAGAAAGUGGAGGAGUACUGUGAGCGCGUGUGGUGCGGAGAUCGGCCACUGUGGCAUAAAGGCAAACUGCCAAAGAGCAAGAACCUGCUGGAGGGUGGCAAAAAGGGAAGAGGCAAGCAGUCUGGUGACCGAAACCGGGUGCCCAGGCAAGCGGUGGCUACUGAAGGGGACAUGGAGGCAACUCUUGGCAAAAGCAUCCCAUGAAUUAAAAUCCACCCUUCUAAAACUCCCCUUGCCCUGAUGAAGGCCCCCUAGCCCUUGCUGAACAACUGAGCCUAUUGACACCCCUUCCUUCUAUCAAAAUGCUGGAGAUUUAACAAAUACCAAAGUAUUGUUUUUGUGUCCCAUAUUGACAACCCUGGUGUGAGUUGUAUCACACGGUAUCAAGUCUAAGAAAGGGUGAAGGUGGCCUCACUCAUGAUUAUGUGUGUUAAAUGCUGCCAUUCCUAAAGCCUCAUGUUCAGUAUGGCUGAGCUACAUGACUCAGAAAAGGAGCCGGAAGGAUUUAACCAUGUGGCUGGGAGACUGUUAUCAGCAACCAAGGAACAGCAGCACCCAUUCCUCUUACAAGACUGAGAAGAAACAGUGAGGAGCUGAAAAGAAUGGAUAUAUAUAACCCUUACUCUUCUGGAGGUGACAAGGAUCAACCAUAGAUAACAAGGAACAGAGUCACCCCUUUGAAGGAACAGAUGCUGCUUCCAGUGACUUAUUCUCCCUAUGCUACAUGCUGGGUAUGGGUGUGACCAUUGAACUGGGCGUUUCAUGGUACCUGGAGAUGCAAAGCAGAUCGUUAGGGCAUUUCCAGCCUCAUGCUUUUCCUCGUUCUGCCCGACAGGUCAAAAGCAAUGUCAAUUCUUUGGACAUGAUUACCGUAUUUUGCAAAGUAUAAGACGCACUUCCCACCCCCCACCCCAAAAGUGGCUGAAAAUUUGGGUGCAUUUUAUACUGCAAAUGUAGCUUUUUCGAAGCUUUUUUUCCAGCCCUAACGAGGUGCUAGCGAGUGAAGCGAUCUUCCAUGCUUGCUUUUCUCAUUGCUUCUCUCUCCAAAGAUCAGCUGUGCUUUAGAAGCUGUUUUUUUAAUCCCCAAGUAGAGGAUAAAAAGUGUGCGCGCGCACGCUCAAAACCAGCGAACUAAUGUGCGGAAACUGACCAGACUAAAGACACUAGCCAGAUGAAUACCUGGUAGCCAGAUUUCUUUUUUCCUGUUUUCCUCCCCAAAAACUAAGCUGCGUCUUAUACUCCGGUGCGUCUUAUACUCCAAAAAAUAUGGUACAUAUGAGUUUUUAAAAGGCCAGUUACGUUUACAAUAUGAAUUGACCCUAAUGUUCAUUUAUACCACAUGUGUCCUUCUCAUGCAUUCUCUUUCAAAUAACCAAUGGUUGGAGGCGAAACUAAACCUGACAAAGAAACAAGCAAACAAAUAAACAGAAACCUCAGGGGUAACAUGGAAAUAAAUAAAACCAAAUAAAAAAUAAUAAUCUUAUGCAGCUCCCAUUACCUCCCUAGAUUUUUCUCAGACUGAACAGAGAUUUCAGUGGGGAAAUGAAUGGCAGAAAAACAGCUAAGCUUUUGUUUUCCUGAGCUCCCCGCCUCCCACUGUAAUUGUCCCCAGCACUCCCACCCCCACCCCACCAUUCCUCUGUCGAAAAACAGAGGAACCACUAGGCUAAUCUUGGCCACAUUACGUACUGUAGUUUGGUUUACCUAGUCCUGAGCUUCCUAUAUUUUGCUUGCCAAUAUCUUAUCCUGUCCAGGAAAAUCUGGCUUCUCUGCACCACUUCUGAUUAUUUCAUUGCUGGCCAUUUUUUCUUGGGCAGCGCUACCAUCCACCACCGGAGGCCCGUAUGAGCAUUUGCCCUAAAUAAGCCUUGCCUUUCAUGGACUUGCAUUAAUUCCUUUGUUUUAAAGAUUGACAGCUAAAUGAAAACCAGCAGUUUGUUCAACAAAUAAAUUAAAUCUUACAUAGCAA